CCACCUAUCAUUUCUCUGACACAUUUGUAUUUAUAUUUAUAUGACUCCCUAAAAUUAGAAUCGUCAAAAGUAUCAUACGAGGUUGUGGUUGUCUGCAGUUCAUCUAAAGGAAUCCAUGAUUCUGUACUGCUUGAAUCCUUUCAAAGAAUCUGAGCGUUUACCACAAGUUACUAUCAAAUUAAUUUGUUCUUCUUAGAAACUGCAAUUGGGUUUCUCAUUAAAAAUUGAUCCAAUCAUUUAUUUCUUCAAUUGGUAACUUUUGUUAGGUGGAAUUGAAGAUGUAUGUGGUAGAAAGCAAAGGAGGAGCUAUAUUAUGCAUGAUUAUGUCUUUAAUUUUCUUGGGGACAUGGCCUGCUCUUUUGGCAUACCUUGAAAGGCGAGGGCGCCUUCCACAGCAUACUUAUCUCGACUACACUAUUACUAAUCUCUUAGCUGCUUCAUUUAUCGCCCUAACCUUAGGUGAGAUCGGAGGUACCAAACCGGGCAUGCCAAAUUUCUUGACCCAACUUUUUCAGGCGCAAGACAAUUGGCCCUCGGUGUUGUUUGCAAUGGCUGGUGGAGUUGCUCUUAGUAUAGGCAAUCUAUCCAUACAAUAUGCUAUGGCUUUAGUCGGGUUAUCAGUUGUCGAGGUCGUUAGUGCCAGCAUUACUGUUGUCAUAGGAACCACAGUGAACUAUUUCCUGGAUGACAGAAUAAACAAGGCAGAAAUCCUUUUCCCUGGAGUCGGGUGUUUUCUGAUAGCAGUCUUCUUGGGCUCGGCUGUCCACAAGUCUAACGACGCUGAUAAUUCUGUAAAACUCAAAAACUUGGAAAGUAAACUUGAAGAAGAGGCAAGACUUGUGACGCGACCAAACUCAAAUUUUGACAGGGAAAACGAUAUUCCAGCCUCAGACGAAAGAUCUGCUCAUAGAGUUCCUAUGGACCUUGAAAAAGCAAAUGCAAGUAUGAAAGAGCCAGAGUUUGGGACUGCCAAGUUCCUCAUUCACCUCGAAGAACGAAGAUCCAUUAAGGUACUAGGCCGGAGCAUUUGGAUCGGUUUAGCAAUAACUUUUUUUGCUGGUUUAUGCUAUUCCUUCUUCUCUCCUUUGUUCAAUGUGGCUACCAAUGACCAAUUUCACACCUUAAAGAAAGGGGUUCCUCAUUUAGUUGUCUAUACCGCGUUUUUCUACUUCUCCGUAUCCUCUUUUGCAAUCGCACUCAUCUUGAAUAUCACCUUCCUAUAUCGGCCUGUUUUAGACCUGCCAAAGUCAUCACUUAAUGCUUACUUUGAGGACUGGAACGGACGAGGAUGGGCCCUAUUGGCUGGCUUGCUCUGUGGAUUCGGAAAUGGUCUUCAGUUCAUGGGAGGUCAGGCUGCAGGUUAUGCUGCAGCUGAUGCUGUUCAGGCACUUCCGUUGGUGAGCACUUUUUGGGGUGUAGUUGCUUUUGGAGAAUACAGAAAAUCAUCAAGAAAAACAUACAUACUACUUUCUAGUAUGUUGCUUAUGUUCAUUCUUGCAGUUGCAGUUCUCAUGGCAUCUUCAGGGCAGAGAAAGUCAUUAUCUAGCAACUAAAAAUGUUGGAUUUCCAUUGGUCUUAUCUUGGUGCAAGAUACUACAAUAUUAACCAUGUACUCUCAUAUUUAACGCUUAAUGUACCUAUAUUCACCCCUUUUGUGUCGCUUUUUAUUUUAGAAUGUCUUUUAAUUCACUUCAAAAUUUGAUGGUAUGAUCAGUUUUUAUUUUCUAGUUU